UUAAUAUUUUGUGACGUGUUCUUGAGAGAACAAUUCGCGAAUGGUUUACAGACACGUGUAAUGAUUACAGUUUCUAAGUUCAAUUCAUUCUCUGAAACGAGCCCAUGACGAUGUCUAAACGUAUCUCAACCCCCAGCUUCACAACAACCAUUUUCCUCAUCAUUUUGUCACUAAACUUCACUAAUUGCCGUUCACGACAAGAACACGCCACAGUCAAUGAGGAGGACAUCACAGACAAGAGCGAAGAAGUCGAUGUGAGCAGCGAAGAGCUCGACUCUGACGACCUUGAGGCUUUUCUUCCCACCAAUGAAUGGCAGACGGUUGGUGAGAACCAAGCGGUACCUCCGGGACUUCACAUCAGAAUGAAUCUAGCAACGGGACACAAAGAGGCAAAACUACUAGACCCGGAAGACGGAGGGAAGAAUACAGAGAUGAUGGAAAUCGGUGGUGGUGGACAAACGGACGACGAAUCGAUGAGUGUGGGUCGUGGACAGAGACAAGGAAUAAUCAACACAAAGAGAAAAGCGUUUACAUUCGAGCAGGCGAGAGAGGCACUGCGGAAAAUAAAAGACGAAAGUCCAUCGGAGAGCGACGACGGCAUCAUGUCGCUUCCGCCUGCUCUGCCGGAUAGAAGUCGAGAUCGUCAACAACGAUUAAGCGUCAAAGAGAUGGAGGAAGUUUUCGAAGUUUUGGGAUUGAAGAUGAGAUCGGAAGUGGAGAUCAUGGCACAGCAUGUUGGUAUAUUGGCGGAUGAGAGUUCGAGCGACGACGACCGGCUACACGCUCUCAACGAAUUAGAAUACUACGUGCAUCAGAUAGACAACGCACGAGAUCUGAAUAUCAUCGGUGGACUUGUGUUGGUCGUACGAUGUCUGAACGACUCAAACGUCGAGAUACGACGCGCAUCGGCCGUUGUGUUAGGAUCCGCUGCGCAGAGCAAUGUGCGAGUGCAGUCCGAGUGUCUGGCGUAUCAAACGUUGCGAUUGCUGUUGGAAAGACUGAGAGUCGAGGCAGACGAGACGACGAGAAAACGAGUGAUGUUUGCAGUGUCGUCUGCCGUACGACAGUAUCAACCGGCACAGGAGGAACUACUGAAGUUAGGCGGUGUGGACGUCCUCACUCGUGUCUUGGAUAGCAACGAAUGUGGACAACAUGUGUCUUGCCAGAAGUUGUCUCUAAAGGCGUUGACUCUUGUUACUGACUUGUUGGUAGAGCACAGCCAAAUGGGCGUCUUGACGGCGAAGACUAAGAUUACCAGCCAAUUUGGUUUGAAGUUAUUGCACGAGUUGGUGUCCAGUGGCUGGUGCUCACUCGUUCCUCAGCUUCUGAGGCCCGAUGACACUGACGUCAGUGAGAAGGUUCUCCAGGCAAUGCAGAUGCUUGUACACGUUUGUGGCAACGAAUUUGCAAACGCUGAUGUUGUCGAGCAGCUUACUGUCAUUGGGAGACGAUGGAAAGGUCUGGCUGGUGACAGAGAUCAGUAUCAUAAGUCGUUAGUUGAGCUGAUUACGCAAUUUCUAGAGCAGCUAGUUUGGUGCCAAGAAUCUAGAGAUUGCGUUUUGUAGGUGUAAUGAAAAGGAUAUUUAUUGUCAAUUUUUCUUAUCAAAUUGGGAAUGGUGAUACACAUUAUACGUACUGCGAUGUUGCAGUAGCAUGACAUUGAAGUCGUUAGUCUAAACAACGUGUGUCAUGUGUUGUAUUGAUAUUAAUUAAUUCAUUUUUGUGUAAUAAAGUAAGUUUGA